CCCCCGCCUCGGCGCCGUCCCGCCGGCCGCGCCGUCCCGCCGCGCAGUUGCUGCCCGGCGGCUGCGGGGACAGGAGGGGCCGCGCCGGUGCCGUGAAGCAUCAUAAAAUCUUAAUCAAGUGAAAAUGGCCCUUAGCAAUCUGACAUCAAAGGCUGUACUACUGUAUGAUGAAUGGAUUAAAGAUGCUGAUCCAAGACUGGAAGGCUGGCCACUCAUGUCCUCACCUUUUCCAACAACCUUUAUCAUUGGAACCUACAUCUAUUUUGUCACUUCCUUGGGACCCAAACUCAUGGAAAAUAAAAAACCUUUUGAACUCAGGCAGAUAAUGGCAUUUUAUAAUUUCAGUGUGGUCGCCCUCUCUUUAUAUAUGACUUAUGAAUUUCUUAUGUCAGGUUGGGCCACAGGGUACUCAUUCCGGUGCGAUAUUGUUGACUACUCGAGGUCACCUACAGCUCUAAGAAUGGUACGGACUUGUUGGCUUUACUACUUUUCCAAGUUCAUUGAAUUAUUAGACACUAUAUUUUUUGUGCUGCGUAAGAAAAACAACCAAGUUACAUUCCUGCAUGUCUUUCAUCAUUCCAUCAUGCCAUGGACCUGGUGGUUUGGAGUCAAAUUUGCUGCAGGUGGUUUAGGAACAUUUCAUGCUUUGCUGAACUGCAUUGUCCAUGUUAUCAUGUACACUUAUUAUGGAAUCUGUUCUUUGGGACCAGCCUAUCAUAAAUAUUUGUGGUGGAAAAAAUACAUGACAACUAUACAACUUGUCCAGUUUAUUAUGAUUACAGGCCAUAUAGGACAAAUCUACAUCAUGGAUGACUGUCCGUAUCAGUAUCCAAUUUUCAUGUUUAUUAUUUGGCUAUAUGGCUCUAUGUUUUUAGUCUUGUUUCUCCACUUCUGGUACCACGCUUACACAAAGGGACAAAGACUACCAAAGAUGGCAAGAAAUGGGAUCAGCAAAGAUCAGUGAAACAAACUCUUGUCUCUAAAACCAAAAAAGUGUCUGUGUCAAAUUGGAAACUUGCACUAUUUGACAAUCAAGAUAUUUAGGUGCACACACUACAUGAUGUAUAUUUUGUAUGUUUUCUUCCAAAACAGAAUUUGUAUUUUUACCAUAAAUUAUUUGGAAUUCAGAAUUUGGGAGGUGAGUGGAGCAGCAUAGGUCUCUCAUUUGAAGAAGAAAUAAAAAAAAAAGCAGGCAUUUUUUUCAACAACUUUUUCAUGUCUAUCCUGUAACAAAUCAAUGGAUGGAUGAUCUCUAUCUAGAAGAUGCGUGAAAAUAAAAGUAUUCAUUGGGAAAAUUAAAAUGUGUAUGACAAGUACUAAAUAGUCUGAACACUGAGAAGAAAAAAAUUACUUGACCUGAAAUGUUAUAAGUUGCUGAGACUGUCAGCUGCAUUUUAUUAAAAAAACCAAAUCAUCAGUAAGUACUGUUUAUGGAAUAUAAAGCUCAUUAUUAAGAUAGUUCAUACAUAAACAUUGUUACAUGUGUUUACAAACUAUAUGACCUUAAAGAAAGGAAUGUAUGUUAAUCUGUCAAGAUAUAGUGUUUCAUCUGAAGAUCAUAGAUUUUUGUAUAUACUAUCUUUUACUAAGAUAACUUAAUUCAUUUCAUGUUCUACUCGAACAUUACUCUGAAUGUAAGAAACCUACUAAUAUGGGGAUUAUAUGAACUGUUGUAGCAUAAUGAUAAAAAAAUCUUACUGACUUGUUCA